AUGUUGGUGACAUUGAGUCAUAGACUCAUAAGUUUCAAGUUUGACUUUGACAAUUGUUCAUCUUAUAAACAAAUCAAGCGGAAGAUUUGUAGGUAUAAGGAAAGUGCAGAUUUUCUGAUAAUCAUGUCUGCAUUUAGGUUACGUCGGAAUUACGAUGGUUAUAUGUCAGUACCGAAUGAUGACAGUGGAUUUUCAGAUGCACAAUUUGAAGAACCUCCACAAAGAAUACCUUGGAAAGCCUUAAGUUUAGCCGCUUUUCUAUUUGUUGUCGGAACUUCCUUACUUAUAGUUGGAAGCCUUAUUGUGACUGGUCAUAUUGAUACAAAAUAUUCUGAUAGAUUAUGGCCUAUGAUUGUUCUAGGUGGUAUAAUGUUCUUGCCUGGAGCUUAUCAUAUGAGGAUAGCAUAUUAUGCAUACAAAGAGUACCCAGGGUAUAGUUUUGCAGAUAUACCUGAAUUUGAG